UUUUAGCGAACAAAGAGCAUAUUGUGUUGCCGUCGGGGCGGCGUCCGCCUGGCAUCCCAUUCCUUCCUUCCUUCCUCGCCCUCCCCCGGAAAAGCCCCCGCGCCGCUCCACUCCACUCUCCACCCCUCCUCUCGCCGCAGCCGAUACCACGUCUGCACCGCGCCGCCGCCCCGCUCGGCUCCCCGAUGCGGCGCCCCGGCGGCCCGCUCCUCUGCGCGGCGCUGCUCGCGGCGCUCCUGGCCCCGCCUCCGCCCGCGGCGAUCGCGGCAGACUGCCCACUGGAUUUGAGUUGGCCGAACUACGCGCUGAUAGCUUCUGUAUGCUCGGACCAAAUCGGGCACUCAAAGUGUUGCCGCUAUAUCAACGCUGUCCUGGCCGUCUCAUCCGCCAUGUACGCAAACACAACAGGCACUCUUGGGGUUCCGGCUCAACUCGCCGAUGCCUGCAUCGGCAACAUCUCUGACACGUUGGUGUCGCAAGGGGUACUUCCUACCGCAGCAUCGUUUUGCGGCCUUGGGAUCAAGAUUCAGGCGUCCUAUCAGUGUGCUGGGAUGACUACCAUCGUCCAGAUGUUGCAGUCCCCGAAUUUCAGUGACGUGGUUAGAAGCUGCGCAACCUCGCUUCCAGAUGAUGUCAGUUGCAAGAGUUGCUUAAAUUCUGGUCUGUCAUACCUCCGCCAUCUUGUGGGACAGCAAGAUAACAUCACACUGAAUACCUGCCGCAAUGCUGCCUUUGUUGCUCUUGCCAGUCAAGGGAACAUAUCUACUCUUGAUACGGCCACCUGCUUUUUUAGCGUUCAGGGGCUUGCUGCUCUUCAAGUGAACAUCUCGACGCCAUCCCCAGCUGAAAAUCCUGCACAAAAUAUUUCUCCUAGUCCAUUUGCAGAACAACUACCUGGGACUGGAGAGUCAUCCAGUCAUCAUCAUAGUUACAAGCGUGUACUAUUCCCAGCAAUUGGGGCCUUGGUUACAGGAUUAUCAGUUACACUGGUGGUAGUGCUAAUUUUACUUAUCCGUAGAAAGAGCAAAGAACUAGAAAAGAUUGAGGGGAUUAAACCUCUAGAAGCGUUCAGUUCCUGUGUCAAGAAGGGCCAAGAAGGUACUUCCACCAUUUUUAGCAGAUUUAGUCACUCAGAAAUGAGAAGGGCAACAAAAAACUUUGGCACCAGGUUGGGAGGAAAUGAUAAUGCUACAAUAUUCAAAGGGCAGCUGAACAGUGGUUCUGUGGUUGCAAUUCGGCGCAUGGAGAGCUCACCAAAAGGAGGUCAGCUAGAAUUUUGCAAAGAAAUGGAACUUCUUGGGCGGCUGCAUCAUCGCCAUCUUGUUGGGCUUAGAGGAUAUUGUUUAGCAAGAUUUGAGAGGUUCCAGGUGUAUGAAUACAUGGAAAACGGAAGCCUUAAGGAUCACCUUCACUCGUCAGGUAAACGGCUGCUGCCAUGGAAAAACAGGAUCCAAAUUGCCAUUGAUGUUGCAAAUGCUUUGGAGUACCUUCAUUUCUACUGUGAUCCUCCAUUGUACCAUGGAGACAUAAAGCCUAGCAAUGUCCUCUUGGACAAGAAUUACCUCGCGAAGCUUGCUGGGUGUGGCCAUGUACACUCCUCAAGUGGUGCUACCACAAGGACUGUCAAGAUCCAGGCAACUCCUGUACCGUGUGUAUAUCUCCGCGCAGGCUACGUAGACCCCGAGUACGUGGUGACCCAGGAGCUGACGGCGAAGAGCGACGUCUACAGCUACGGUGUGCUGAUGCUGGAGCUCGUGACGGGGAGGCCCGUGGUGCAGGACAACAGGAGCCUCGUCGAGUGGUCCCGCGAGCUCAUCGGCACCGACUACCGCCUCCACGAGCUGGUUGAUCCGGCGGUGGCGGACACGUUCGACCUGGACGAGCUGCAGGUGAUGGCGGACGUGAUCCACUGGUGCACCCACAGGGACGGCGGCGCGCGGCCGUCGAUGAAGCAGGUCCUCCGGAUCCUCUACGAGCGGCUGGACCCGCUGUCCGGCGCGUUCGCGCGUGCAGUGGAGGUCGAGCAGGGGUACUACUACGGCGGGCAGAGCGGGCGGAAGGGGAAAGAGUGGCAUCAUCAUCAGCAGCAGCAUCGUGAUGGCGGCGACGUGAUCCAGUACAGCGGCGAGCCCCGGUGCCUGCCAUCAUCAUCGCCGAGCACGUCCAGGUCCCACUGCAGCCGCAGCGUGCUGCUGGAGUGCAACUCGCCGGAGCCCCAGUCGCCAGCGGAUGCCGCCGGUUCUUGGCCUGAACGCUGAUACGACCUGAUGCCGUUGCCAACCAUUUUUUGUCGGUUAAUUCCAGUACGCAUCAGCCAUAGUAAGCCACGGGGCAUUCCCGUCGACCCACCUACUAGGAGCAGUUUUCAUGAAUGCACUCUCUGUAGAAUUGUCAUUCAGAUCUUUCAGUGAAAAGGGGUCCUCUUCAUUCAAA